AAGCUGCUCAUUGAUUAAGGGGCAGUUAGUGAAUCAUGGAUUUGGAAAGUCAAAGAAAGCUCAUUUCUGUGGUUGCUGCUGCAAUUAUUAUCUUCUUCUUCCGCUUCAAUUGCUUCUGCUAUGCUCAGAACUCGCCCGCGUUCGACUUCGUGAAGCAUGCGGCAGAUGCUCCGCGGGUGUCGUACCACGACUACAUCAUCGUCGGCGGCGGGACAGCUGGUUGCCCCUUGGCCGCCACCCUCUCGGAGAGGUUCGAUGUGCUGGUGCUGGAAAGAGGCGGAUCGCCUUACGGGAAUCCCAACGUUUCCAACCUCGCUUCUUUGGUCGAGAACCUUGCCUACCUCACCCCGACCUCGCCGGCGCAGCGUUUCGUCUCCGAGGAUGGAGUCAUCAAUAGACGAGCUCGCUGCCUUGGCGGCGGCACCUGCAUCAACGGCGGCUUCUACUCGCGCGCCAGUCUCCGGGAGGUGAUGGAUAUGCAAUUGAAUCCGAAGUUGGCCGACCAGUCGUUCCAGUGGGUGGAGCGAGAGUUGGUUUUCUGGCCUCAGCUGACGGAGUGGACUUCAGCCUUCAGGGCAGGGCUUCUGGAGGCUGGAGUUACCCCUGAUAACGGCUUCACCUACGAGCACUUGGACGGCGCCAAGGUCGGGGGGACCACGUUCGACCCAACCGGCCAUCGCCACACCGCCGCCGAUCUGCUCAAGUACGCCGACCCUGCCAGGAUCACCGUGCUCUUGCGCGCCACGGCGCAAGGGAUCUUGUUCAGGAACGUUACUGGCCAGCAUAAGAACCCGCAGGCGUACGGCGUGGUGUACAAGGACGAAGCCGGCAACAUCCACGAGGCCCGCCUCAAGGACUUCUCCGCAGGAGAAAUCAUACUGUCAGCCGGUGCUCUCGGUAGCCCGCAGUUACUCAUGUUGAGCGGCGUCGGCCCCGCGGACCACCUCAAGUCCUUCGGCAUCGAGGUGGUCCUGGACCAGCCGAUGGUCGGCCAUGGAAUUGCUGACAACCCAUCGAACAUCUUGGCCGCGCCUUCGCCGGAGCCACUGACAAUCAGUGCGGCUCAAGUCGUCGGAAUCCAGCCGGGCUACUACAUGGAGUCCUUGACGGGCUUCUUGGUUGCAGCGCUUUUGGGAGACAGCUCCUUCCAAGGCGGCGUAGUAGCUGAGAAAUUAGCGAAGCCUCUCUCCCGAGGAUAUCUUCGUCUUAAGAAUCUCGACGCAGAGGACAAUCCAUCAGUAACCUACAACUACUUCACAGAGCCUGAGGAUCUUAGAACAUGCGUGGAGGGAUUGCAGACGGUCAUGAGAGUGAUCGAUACCCAAGCGUUGUCCGAAUUCAGAUACCCGAAUCAAACGGUGGAGUACUUGUUGGCUCUCACCGCAAGCUUAGUCGUCAAUAACAGAGCAAGAAGUGCGCAGGACGCCACUUCGCUGGAGCAAUACUGCAAGGACCUCGUGCUAACCCUUAGCCAUUUCCACGGCGGGUGCGAAGUAGGGAAGGUGGUCGACCAUGAGUACAGAGUGAUCGGCGUGGGCGGGCUCAGGGUGAUUGAUGGAUCCACUUUCAGUUUCUCCCCAGGAACUAAUCCUCAAGCUACUCUCAUGAUGUUGGGCAGGUACAUGGGAGUUCUGAUAGGAAAUGGUGGUGUUGAACCAAGUGACUGAUCCUUCUUACUUAAUAUAGCCGAGCCUAUCCUCUAUUUAUUUUCACAAUAAAUAUAAUAUUAUAGCAAUUUGCAUAAUAAAUGUAAUAUAUGGUAAAAGAUGAUUCAUUCAUUUCCAACGUCUCCUCCGUCAAUCUAUUCCUAUGCCAAUAUAGAAAAGAUAAAUUAUGAAUAUUACUAAUCAUUAAUGUAGGUGGUUAAGACAUGGAAAAGACAUAUUUG